AUGCCAUCAGAUCUAAGUACCUGGCUCAUCGCAGUACCGCAGGAUGGCGACUCUGAAGGUUUGUACCAAGAGAUUUCAGCAAAGUUAGAACAGGCGAAGGCGUUGCCCACCAGCAAUGUCGUGGAGCUGCACAUCCCCACUCUCAAGACGGGUACACUUGACCUUCUCAUCUCUCUUUCCGAAGAGCUCCCCAAAUUUGAUGCUUUCUUUACUGGUGCCGUUGCGAAGAUCGUCGAUACGUUGCGAAACCUCCUGAACAACGAUCCCCAAAAGCUCGCUCAGCAUACCCUGGUGGAGGAGAAGACAUGUGACGAUUAUCUGAUGAAGGGAUGGAAGUGGAAUGUUGGGAAAUAUGGGACCCAAAGGGGACUACGAGAACUCGUGGAUGGGUUGAAUAAGGAAAUGACAUCAAUAGACAAUGUCAUGAAAAGCAAGGUGAACAAUUACAACCUUGCGAAGGGUUCGCUAGCUCAGAUGCAACGGAAGAAGGCGGGAAACCUUUCGGUGAAGUCACUAGUCGAUGUCGUGCCUAGAGAAGUAAUGGUCCAAGACUCUGAGUACCUGGAGACUCUGCUCGUUGCUGUACCAAGCCCGUUGACGAAAGAGUGGCAAGCGAAGUACGAGCGACUCGCAUCUAUGGUCGUGCCCAGAUCAUCCUUAGAGGUAGCGACGGACAGCGAAUUUACACUAUACUCCGUUGUCGUGUUCAAACGUCAACACGAUCAGUUUGUUCAAAAGUGCCGCGAAAGCAAGUUCAUCGUUCGCGAAUUCACUUUUGAUGAAGAAUCAAUAAUAAAGCAACGACAAGAGCAACAGGAUCUGAGCCUUGCGGAGAAGGAGAUGUGGACUGACUUGCUGCGGCUAUCGAGAACGAAUUUCUCCGAGGCUUUCCAGGUACUUGUGCACCUGAAAAUUCUGAGAUUGUUUGUGGAGAGCGUGUUACGAUAUGGACUACCUGCGAACUAUAUCGGACUAGUAAUCAAGCCUGACCCCAGACCCUCGAAGCGUUUAAUAACCGUCCUCACUUCACAUUUCACUUAUCUCAACAAACAGCGUGCAGGGAAGAAGAGCAAGAAAGCUAGCGGCACGGAUGAAUACACGGGUGAAUAUCAGAGCUUGAUGGAACAGGAAUUCUACGAUUUUGUCCUGUUUGAAGUCCCAUCGGUUUUGUAGGGGUUGGUCCUUGAGCGGUGACGGGUCGAGGUACUCUGCGCUCAAAUAUAUAUCAUUUCUAAUGCAGACGAGGAGACC